CAGGUUGACUCGUUGGAGUGCAUUUUCUGCAUUCUUAAUAGAUAGCUAGCAGGAAACGCCUUUAUAUAGCCCAGCUAGCGGGGUAGAAAGUAGCAAGGAGAGGGUAUAAAUGCCCAGCUCUUGCUUCCCUGAGCACAGAGCCAUCGUGGAACAGGUCACACAGCUCUGACCAUCCAAACACAACUUUGCCUGACGGAGGAUCUUACCCUGUCUCAGGUGAUGAGCCUGAAUUAAGCUCUCGUAUUUGUGGCUCACCAACAAUGGAAGAAAUGAGGAAGACUGACGGCCAGCAGGCCAGACGUAGGCAGAGGCCUGUAAAGACAGAGUGGAGUUCCAAUUGUGUCAUUUUCAACUAUUUCCAAGGAGACAUUGGCAGCGUAGUGGAUGAGCACUUCGCCAGAGCUCUGAGCAAUAUCAGGAGUCCCCAGAGACUGAUAACCUCAAGCAUGAAUGAAGAUGUGAUCCUAAGGAAUGAUGGUGACAUGCCUCCAUAUAAGUGGCGUUUCCCUUCAUGGACAAAUUCACAGCCAGAAGGGUUUCUUGCAAAUGACGUCGGCAACUAUAGCUCGGAUGUGUCUGUUCCUGUGGCUGUGGAUCAGCACCCACUGACCCUGACUGGGACCACUUCUGCUCAGCCCACGGAGCUGUGGCAUUUUGCCCCCACCGCCAGCUCCAGCCGUCCAGAGGCUGGUUACUCUAAUGCUGUCUCCACUGGGUGCUUGGUUCCAGAGCGCCAGUCUGAUGGGAAAUAUAAGAAAACAAAUGUGCACCGCAAUCGUGGAUCUGCCAAUACCAGCCAGGCAAAUGAAAGAAACCAGUCUCCAGAGAGAAGAAAGGAUAUGUUCUAACAUUGAACCUUGGUUUGAAGAGAAGAAUUCUUUUUACCAAACAGGAUUUAGUGUUCUUUUCUGUUUCUGCUACUAAAGAAUAAUGAGCGAAUUUAUAAUCUCCCUUAAAAAUAUGCGCUUGUCUGCCUUAGCACCCUACAGCAGAGGGUUUCUAACUCACAAGUGAAUUCCCAGCAUAUGAAGUAAAGGAGGUGUUCUUGAGUGGGGAGCAUAGAGGGUCUUCUAUUUGUAUGUCCCACUCCCCGGUAUAUCCACUGAACUGUAGCACUCUCACACUUCCAUGGUAGGGUAUGUAAAACCAAGGCUGAUCACAUGGUAUCUUCUGGUACUGCCACAUUUUUCUGAUACCAGAAAUGGCCUGAAGCUUUCCUGCCUUAACCAAAUGCUGGCUUGCUUCAUUCUUGCCUCUAAGAAAAGCAUUGUGAAAAUGGGGUGGACAAGACCACACAUCUUCAAAAUCUGGGAGAACAAAAAUCAGUCUGGUCCUGAUGUAUGACAUAGUUUCACUAGACAGUUUUGAUACCUCAAUUCUAAACAGAGGAUCCCAAAUGAAAUUGAGAAAUCUUAACUUAGAAAUUGAGCAAGCUGCUCUAUCCCAGGUUGAGCCUGGGGCAGGCGAGCAGGGCUUUUUCUGUUUCCUUAACAUUUCAUGGAAGUUUCUGUCUUGUUUUUCAUUUCAUGCAUAACAUUUGAUUGGACUUUCCUUCUUCUCUUGCUUUGAGAGUGAGGAAUCUAGCAUUCAAUUGCCAAUAGGCAUCUAAAUCAUAAUGGAGGCUUAUAGUCUCCCAGAUGGGCCCACUUGACUUCUAUAAACAUUACAAUGCUUCCAUUUGCCCUUUCACUUUCUGUUGGUUAGGGAACUGUUAGGAUCAUCCACAUUGCUACCCAAAAUGCCUUUCAUCAAGCCGGAGGAAAAAGGCCUGGGCAUAUUGGUCCAGAUAAAAUGACAAUUUGACAACCUCAUUCAUCUUUCAAAUCUAGGAGACAGCCUUUUGUCCAGUGUAAGCUCACUACUUACCCAUUAAAAAUUACAGCCACCUCUGCUUCUUCUCCAUCCACAUUCCACUCAUUACUGUGUAAUAAUGCAGAAAGCAAAUAAUACUAAAUCUGUUCUUUGCUGCAUGGCUCUUUAUUCUGAACCCUAAGUUCUUUCACAUUUGUUUUCUUAUUCAAAUUUUCCAACCACCCUGGGUUUGCAUUAUUACCUUCAUUUAAUGUGUGGUUCCUACAGGUUAGAGGUGUUAAAAGCCCUGCCCAAGAUCACAUAAUUAGUAGCCCAGACACCACUGAAACUUGGGCCUGUAUGCAAUGCUCUUUUCUCUCCUUCAUAAUAGUAUCACAGAUUAAGUCAGCUUGCCUUUAAAUAGUUUCCUCUCCCAUCUGCCACGUAAAUAAAGAUCACAACUUCAGCUUGAGUGGAUUGGUGAGCUUAGUAGCAAUUCCGUAAUUCUCUUUUCUCAAGAACAAUUUUUACAGUGUGCUACAUGUUUCCUAGAUUUAGUAAGAAGAAGAAAAAAAUCUUAGUAUAUUGUCCCUCAGUAUUAUUUAUCUUCAAAAGCAACAUUGCUUUUAGGUGAUGCUUUGGGGAUUUCAAGGUGGAGGCUCACUCUUGCGUUUGUGUUGUAUAAUUCUACAAGAGUGCGUCCAUCUAUGUUCAACAAAGAUUUGUCUCUGUUAGCAGAUGACAAAGGUCAUUGGAAGUGAACUCUUACUCUUCUGUGUAAGGAAAAACGAAGUGAUUCUGACAGGGAUGGCAUACGUAGUCUGGGUGAUCCAAUGAC